AUGUACGCUCUCAAGUCGCUGGCUUUAUUGGGUUUGGCUCUCGUUUCGGCUUCUGCGGCCAAGGAUACCACACACACAACAGUUGGCAUUGAGACCGACGCCGCGAGCCGUGGACUCAAUGUUGUGCUAGAUGACUGCUUCGAUGUGGACGAGGAGGACGUUUACACUGUUUCAGUGCGCAAAUACUGCCGAGUGUUCACGGGCCCUUUCUGCACUGGCCGAAACACACUUCUUCCCCCAGGCGACCACUCGAACCAAGAUCCUGUUCCUAUUACAUCCAUCUACUGUCACUCCAAGCCCCCGUUUUAG